GCAAAGGAGUUAGAUCUUUAAACAGAUUCUCACAUGAUCCUACAAACCAGAUGUUCAAAAGGGUGGAGUGUUUCGGGGGGGCGUGUCAGAAACUCUUUCAGUUUACCUCUUGAAGGAUCAGUUUCGUUCCUCUCACUGCACCAUCAUGACUGGCAGAGGGAGAACACGCAGGGCAAAGAGUCCAGACACCAAGUCUGCCAACAGCAAAACUAGUCCUGAGGAAGUGUCUCGGCAGAACGACACCACAAAGGAAAGGAAACCAAAAGCGCAGAAAAAGGCAAGAGACGCUGAGGAGAGCCCACUUCAAGACAGGACCACAAAGCAUGUCAUAGAGGAGAUCAGCAAGCAGCAAAGUGCAACUACUGACAACACGAAGGCUCCUGUACGCUGCACAAAAGCCAAAAAAACGACAGAACAAGCUGCAGAGGAUAUAAGGAAGACGCAGCCAGAGACACCAAAGGAUCCUCUAAAGGCCACAAAGGUAAAAAGAUGUGUUGUGAAGAAGGACAAAUCCCCAGAAGAAGCUGCAGAGGAGAUGACAGAGACGCAGCCGGAGACACCAAAGGAUCCUCUAAAGAUCAUCAAAGUAAAAGGAUGUGUUGGCAAAGCCAGAUCACCAGGACACAUCACAGAGACGCCAAAGGAAACCCCGAAGGCUUGUGUACCACCCGUCAGGUGUGGAGAGGGAGAGCUCUCCAUCCUCCACAGGACUCUGGAGAACCUGAAGAUCAAAAGGAACGAAAGAUCGGACGCGGCGGAGGUCGUCAAUAGGAUAGUAAAAACUAUAGUUGCUCAUUUGAAAGAGAAAAGCCAGAGCUUCAAAGAAAUAGUGCCACUACGUACUGGAAGCUACUAUGAAAAUCUAAAGAUUUCUAAUCCCGAUGAGUUCGACGUCAUGCUGCCGGUUCCUGUCGACCGAGUGAACGUUACUCCGUUCGGAGACGAUGGAGCUUUUUACAGCGUGGAGUUAAAACGAGGCAAGAGUCCUCUGCAGAGAUUCCAAAAAACCGGCGGCACUUUAUCCGCCAGUGAGAUGCUCAAAGAGUUCAGGGACGAGGUGAAGAAAUCCGUCAAGCAAUUUACAGAAUGGGAGGUGACAAAAAAGAAAACAGGAUGCCCCGCCGUGACCCUGAUGACAAAAUAUCAACCAAUCCCCAUUUCACUGGAUAUCGUUCUCAGCAUCGUGGUUCAAUCCAGCUGGCCAGCUUUUACCAAAGAAGGCAUUAAAAUAGACGGCUGGCUGGGAACCAAAGUAAAGCAGCAAUACAAGCGACUGCCGUAUUAUCUCGUCCCAAAAUACGAAGGCGUGGGUACGGUGGAGUGUGACGGGGUCCUGGCCAAAGAUGUUUGGCGGGUUUCGUUCUCACACGUUGAGAAGGCCAUGCUGAUGAAUCACGGGUCGGAGAAGACGUGCUGCGAGAGAGAAGGAGAACGCUGCUGCAGGAAGGACUGUCUGAAGCUCCUGAAGCAUCUUCUCAGUCUCUUGAAGGAGAAGGACUCUUCUUUGACUAAGUUCUGCUCGUACCACGUUAAGACCACGCUGUUACACGCUUGCUGCUCCAGAACCAAGGACGCCGACUGGAGGGCCUCGAGUCUGAGCCGCUGUUUCCUGCUUCUCCUGGAGGACUUCGUGGAACAUCUGGAAAGAGGUGUUCUCCACAACUUCUUCAUCCCGACUCAGAACCUGCUCUCUGGUCCCGGUCUGAAGAAGUGCAAAAGUCUGGCUCAACGUAUCAGGGAGGAACGUGAAAACGGAUUUCCCAUUUUCAAGUGAUAACUAAACUCAGGGAUCCAGAGCUCCAUCUGGUUACUCAGCCACUCCUGUGCAGUCCGGUUUUUACCACCUACCCAUGAAGUGUCCCUCUCUUCCAACGUGGUCACAACUGUCUUUUACAUUUUUUGCACGACACAUCCAAUACAUGCAUGCCCACAUGACGGAUUACAAGCUUUCACAAUUGUUCUACUUUUUAAAUAAAUAAAUUUGUUACUUUA